AUGUGCUGCUCAUUCUUCCCAAAAGUAGCGGUCUUAGUUCUUACGCUUCUCAUAGUUCAAAUGAAUGGAGCUGUCUCUGAAGAUAGUCAUGCAUUGUUGGCAUUCAAAUCCACGAUUACACAUGACCCUCAAGCUAUCAUGACAUCUUGGAAUGAUUCUCUUCCUUUUUGCCUUUGGGCAGGAGUGACAUGUGGUCGUCGCCACCAAAGAGUCACAAGCUUGGAUCUACCAAACAUGGGCUUAGUGGGUACUUUAUCACCUUAUCUUGGCAACCUAAGCUUCCUCAUGUACAUUAGCCUUGAAAACAAUCAUAUUCAUGGAAGUAUCCCUCCUGAAAUAGGUAACUUGUUUCGAUUACGACUACUCUCCCUUCGUAAUAACUCCUUCACAAAAGGAAUCCCAGCCAACAUAACAAGUUGCUCAAAACUAUCGUAUUUUGACUUAUCUUACAAUAUGUUGUCUGGAAAAAUUCUAAAUACUUUCACUUCUCUGCGGAUGAUCAAAACGUUAAGGUUGAGUAAAAAUAACCUAACGGGUGGAAUUCCACCAUCCAUUGGUAAUCUCACAUCUCUUGAAGAACUCAUUCUUUCUUAUUGUCCAUUGGGAGGGAGCAUUCCAGAUUCCUUCAGUCGGUUGAAAAACUUGCAAAGAUUAAGCUUGGGAGAAAAUGGCCUCGUUGGAUCCUUUCCAUCGUUUAUCUAUAACCUUUCCAAGUUACAACUUUUAAAUUUUCCAGAAAAUCAACUUGUUGGCUCUCUACCCUCCAACUUAUGCCAGGGUCAACCCCAUCUCCAAAGACUAGAAUUAUCCUACAAUCACUUCAGUGGAUUCCUUCCGUCCUCGAUAUCAAACUGCUCAGAGUUGCAAAUCUUUGAUGCUUCUAGUAAUGAUUUCACAGGAGACAUAGCUACUGAUUUCGGAAAACUCAGACAUCUUAAGUGGUUAUCUUUUGGUAGAACCGCGGAUCUUGGUGUCAUGAAAAAGUUUGAUUCACUGUCUAAUUGCAGCAAUUUGGAAGUAUUACAAAUUGAAGGUGUCCGAUUAACUAGGGGGUUACCAAAUUCGUUUGGGAACUUAAGCAAACUGACAAUCCUAACACUUCAAAAUAGCUACAUAUCAGGCAGCGUGCCUUCAUCUAUAGGCAAUUUGUUUAGCUUAACUGUCCUUUCUUUAGCGGGAAAUAACUUCACAGGCAUGAUUCCCGAAAGCAUUGGCAAGCUUCAAAAGUUAGGAGUGCUGCAUCUAGAGGUUAACAGUUUCUCUGGGAUCGUUCCUAGAUCUAUCGGAAACCUGUCAUCCUUAAAUCAAAUGGAAUUAAGUAGAAACAAAUUGGAAGGUCGUAUACCCUCGAGUAUCGGGGAAUGUAAGAACUUGAUACUUCUAUCACUUGCUGCAAAUAACCUUAGAGGAAGUAUACCCAAACGACUAUUCCAAUUGUCUUCACUGUCGAUCAUACUAGAUCUGAGUCAAAACAACCUCUCUGGAGUGCUUCCGGAAGAGAUUGGUGGCCUGAAAAACUUAGGAACGCUCGAUUUGUCCCAGAAUCAUCUAUACGGUGAACUUCCUAGUAGUCUAAGCAGCUGCAUCAGCCUUCAAUUCUUAAAUUUUUCCAGCAAUUUCUUACAAGGAUCGAUGCCGGAAGCAUUGAGUUCUUUGAAAGCCCUCGAAUAUGUUAACCUAUCAAGAAAUAACUUUUCUGGUCAUAUUCCUAGCUAUCUGCAACAAAUUCCUUUGAAGGAUCUAGAUCUUUCAUAUAAUGAUUUUGAGGGAGAUGUAUAUGUUAAAGGUGUGUUUGCCAACACAAAUGCAAUAUCAAUCAAAGGGAAUCAUAGACUUUGUGGGGGAAUACCUGAACUUCACCUACCCAAAUGCACAAGUAACGACUCCAAAAAAGGCAGAAAGCUUUCUCUUGGUGUUGUUGUAGCGAUUUCACUAUCUUCCGCUGUUGCAGGUAGCUUUGCUUCGGUUUACAAAGGACUUGUCGACGAAAAUGGGUCGACUGUGGCGAUAAAAGUCCUAGAUCUCCAAAGACGAGGAGCUUCCAAGAGUUUUAUAGCCGAGUGUGAGGCCUUGAGACAUAUUCGUCAUCGCAACUUAGUGAAGGUCAUAACUUGUUGCUCAAGCCUCGAUUUCCAAGGCAAUGAUUUCAAAGCUUUAGUGUACGAUUUCAUGCCAAAUGGGAGUCUAGAGAUUUGGUUACAUUCACACACGACGCCUAAUGAAUAUGAUCAGUCUCGUCAACUAGAUCUUGUUCAAAGAAUAAGCAUUGCCUAUGACGUGGCUUGUGCUCUUGAUUAUCUACACUACCGUUGUGGAAACGUUGUUGUUCAUUGUGAUUUGAAACCAAGUAACAUUUUAUUGGAUGCUGAUAUGUUUGCUCAUGUCGGAGACUUCGGGCUUACAAAAAUUAUUUCCCUUGAAGAACAUUCUAAUGAAAACAAGAGUAGCUCAAGUGUUAUCAGAGGAACAAUCGGGUAUGCGCCUCCAGAAUAUGGUCUUGGGAAUGAGGUCUCCACCAGUGGGGACAUGUAUAGCUAUGGGAUCCUAUUGUUAGAGAUGUUGACCGGAAAAAAACCUGUUGACCCAAUGUUUCAAGAUGGCCUAAGCCUGCAUUUGUAUGCUAGGAAGGCCUUGGCUGAUGGUUUUGUGCUUCAGAUUGUGGAUCCAAUGCUACUAAAUGAUGAAGUCAAAGAAACGUGUUUGAUUUCAUUAGUGAAAAUCGGUGUGCAAUGUUCUUCUGAAUCUCCACAAGAUCGAAUGAAUAUUGGGAACGUUAUUCACGAGCUCAUCUCGUUGAAGGUUGCAGCUCGUUCUUGACCCAUUCAGUCUUUGGUGCCCCUUAAAAGCUAGUGGGUGAUUGUGUUAUAUUCUAAAGAAUUGAAUUUGUCAAACACAUUAGUAUUGUUGUAAAUCUAUGUUUGUAGAUGUACAAGUAUUAGAUAGUAUUGGUUAUUAGAAUAGUUUCCAUAUUUAUGUUUGACAUAGUUUCCAUAUAUCAAGUCUUGAGUGUGAGCAUAUGAUUAUUAUUGUAGUGUUAGC